AUGAGUCGCGUUGCGAGUGUUUGUGAUACCCAACCACCGGUUCAAAGGCUGGAGAUACGGCCAGCCUUCAGCCAGUUGUCGGCCGAUGAGCAGAAAUAUGCCCACUUCAUGAGAGAAGCAGCGUUUCAUGGCUCUCGCAUCAUUAUGCGCCAGGUUUCUCCGGAGUCGGAAGCAAUCUUCAACCUGAUCCUUGAGCUUUGGAGAUCCUGCAAAGGGACCUGGGAAAGCUUGGCUAAAAACACAGGUGUGGACGAGGAAAGUCUGAGACACUUCCUCGAGUACGCAGCAACAGUCAUGGAAAACCUGGGAAACUACAAGGGUUAUGGCGACCAGAAGUUCGUCCCUAGGGUCGACUUGCCCUCUCUGAAGAAGCUUUGUUCCGCCAGCACUACAGCUACCAAGCUUUUAGAGGAGGUCCAGCUUCCCAUCUACGCCGAGACACCCAAUGCUCUUGGCUAUCCCUCAGAACAGGGACUCAGCAACUACUAUCCCCAUUCGCCCGACUUGACUCGAGAUGAAAUCCGUGCGGUGCAGGACGCUAUCGGUUCCGCAAUGUCGCUACGGAACACUCGAUUACAGAAGUCUUUGGACGACAGCAAAGUUGUGUAUGAGCUUCUUGUGGCCUCUGUUUUGCAACACCCCGAAGGUGGCGUGACCAGAGACUUCCAUCUUUCCGAUGGGGCAAAGGCGGUUGUUAAGUAUGGUGAUCACUCGGACUGCCUGGCGAGGGUCUGUGAGAGUUUGGCCAAGGCCAAAGAUUUUGCGGCUACUGAGCAACAAAGCGCAUACAUCACCAAGUUGAUCUCGUUUUAUCAGCAAGGCGAUAUUGAGAUCCACAAAGAAGCAUCCAAGGACUGGCUUGCUGACCAAAGCCCCUGCGUCGAGACGUGGAGCGGUUUCUUGGAGCCAGGUCGGGACCCUAGUGGGGUCCGUUGUGAGUUCGAAGCCCUGGUUGCCAUGCAAGACAAGCAAUGGAGCUCAGCAUUCGCUGAGCUGGCUGCCCACGCCGAGCGCUUCCUGCUCCAGCUUCCAUGGAGUGGAGUUGGCGCCGAAGCUGAUGAGCUUGGCCCCUUCGAAAACGACACAUUCAUCAAGCCUAAUUUUGUGGCCCUAAAUUUGCUUUGCUAUUGCGCCAGCAACGUAUGGACGGGCCUUACCGCCCCUGGUUAUACCGAUAUCAAGGCAUCGCAUGGUCGAAAGAACCUCACUUUCUCCAAUCGAGUCGCCGCUAGCAGCUCAGGACAGGAACUGGAUUUCCUGCUUGAUGACGAUCUUGAGUCCUUCAAGAAGCACCAGUCUCUAUGCUUCUUUCUGCAACUAGCCUUGCAUGAGCUCAUCGGCCACGGCUGCGGUAAACUCUAUCAAGAGACAGAGCCUGGCGUGUUCAACUUCGACCCAAACAACAUGCCCAUUAACCCAUUCACUGAAGAGCCAGUAGCUAGCUGGUAUAGGCCGGGAGAGACCCCCGAGUCUGCCUUUGGCGGCAUCGCAACAGCAUACAUAGAAUGUCUUGCCGAAGGGGUAGGCCUCUAUUUGAUGUCGGCCGAUGGAGCAAUCCGUACCCUGGCCCCAGACACCAGAUCGCAUGUUGAUGAAAACCUCGAGUUGUGUUCAACGCCUAUCUCUCAAUUGCCUGCAUGGGAAUGCGUGCGUUGUUGUCCUACGACCCUGACAAGAAGGCAAGUUGAACACCCCUAUCAACAUGUUGUUGAACUGACCUUUGGACAGAAAUGGGGUCAGGUCCAUGAUCAGGCACGCUUUGGGCUUCUCAAAUGCUUCCUCAACGCUGGCCAGGGCUUUGCAACAAUCCAGGUCACUGAUUCUCCCCAAUCCCUCAAAAUUGCCAUGGACCGCACGAAGCUUCAAGAAGUCGGCCGUCCUGCCCUCGGGAGCUUGAUCCAAAAGCUGCACGUGUAUCGCUGCAUCAAGGACGUUGAACAGGGUUCCGCCCUUUUGCAAGAACUCACUCAGGUAGACGAGGACGCUCUUGGAUGGCGUGACAUCGUGGUUGGGCAGAAAAGACCCCGUACCCUAUUCGUGCAUGCCAACACUGUGCUAGACGGGGAUAGUGUUCUGUUGAAGGAGUACCCGGAGACCACAUAUGGACUCAUUCAAAGUUGGGUAGACAGACAAUAG